AUCCUAGAGGAUUCUGAAUGGAAAAGGACUAGUGGUAUAUAUCAAUGUUUCUCUGUAGUUGUCAAAAGGUAACCGACAUAGCACCUUUUCCAACCAUAAUAACAGAGUUAGUUAGAAAUAUAACUGCUAUAGUUACAGUUACCAUUGCCAUACAGAGUAAUAAAAUAAUAGAAAACAGAAAGUGAUGAAGCUAGCAUGAACUUUCCACGUGGGGGCAUGAGGAUGAUGUUGGAGUGAUUUGGCUAUUUCCUUUUCCACAAAACAUUCAAGUAUUUUUUUCCCUUACCACAUGAUGCCUCAGAUAUUGAUUGUUCUAUUUCCUUUUCCUAAGCACUAUUUACAUAUGCUGUUAUGGAACAUAAAAUCAUAAUCUUUUUUCUUGAAUGCAUGUACUGCAUAUUUAUUUACUCAUUUAGCUUGUAAUUCUGUUUGAUGUAAGCAAAUGAAAACUUCUCUCCUCUCUACUUUAUCUAACACAGGAGAAAAUUAGAGAGGUCUAGCAUCAGAAAGGUUUAAUUCCAGCUCAGAAAACUUUAAUAACUCCCUUUUAAUUAGCAUUUGUAAAUUAAAUAAACACGAAUUACCUUUUAUUACAUAACUAAACAUGCAAUCUUCAACUUUUGAAUUACUUUUUUUUUUCUCUUUAGUCUUCAUGAUGAUCCCUAGCUGACUCAUCAUGCAACAAGUCACAUUGUUUCCUUUUUACCAUGUAUAUAUAUACCCUUUAAUUCAAGGAUUGAUCAACCAAAAUUUGAAGUGCUCUUCAAUACUUUUUUCACAAGCUAGUCAUUGCACAAAGAGAAAAACUUCUUGAACAUAAACAAAAAUGAAGACUUCAUUUCUUCAUGAACUACUUGAUGGAAUUUCUAUCAGCUCAACUUAUCCAGUUGGGAAGUCUUCUAAGAGAUAUUUGCCUGAUUCUUCUGGCAAAUAUUGCAAGUCUAUCACAAAAUCAAAGCAAGGUAAAUUAAAUUCAGUUCUAACUAAGAUGAACAUGUUUGGGAGAAAGGGUGAUGGUUCUGCCCAUGGAGUUAGAGAGCAUGUGAGAUUGGGACCAAAGAUAGCAGAUACAGUAAAAGGAAAGUUGAGAUUGGGAGCAAGAAUUCUUCAGGUUGGAGGAGUAGAGAAAGUGUUUAGGCAACUUUUUAGUGUUAAAGAUGAAGAGAAGCUGUUGAAAGCAUCACUGUGCUCCUUAUCAACCACAUCAGGUCCUAUAGCUGGCCUCCUCUUCAUAUCAACUCACAAAGUUGCUUUUUGUAGUGAAAGAUCCAUCAAAAUUUCUUCCCCAAAUGGAGAAUUGAAUAGAGUCCACUAUAAGGUCUCAAUUCCUCGUGAAAAGAUACAGCAUGUCAACCAAAGUCAAAGUGUGAAGAAACCUUCAGAGAAGUACAUAGAAAUAGUCACUGUAGACGGUUUCGACUUCUGGUUUAUGAGUUUCUUUAAUUACAAGAAAGCUUUAAGAUAUCUCCAACAGGCUACCUCUCUAGCUCAGAGGGAAAAACUGUAGAAGUGAAAUGAAUUUGUUAAUCCCUUCUGCUUCAUCAAUCAUUCAUUGAAGUUGCAGAGGUUCCAGAAGUGUACAAAUAUUUUACAUCAUUUUGUUAUUAAAAAAGUUAGUUGUUUCUUAAACUUUUGGUUUCAUGAUUUAACAGACAAAGUUGUUACCUCAAGUUUAUAACUCAAUCUUCACUACAUUAAACAUGAGGCACAUUUCUGUGAAAAUCUUCAAGGACAUUCAAUAUCAGAUGACAUAAACUAAUGCGACUAUGAUUCAUUUAAUCAAAUAUGGACUUUUGUUGGUCU